CGGCGACCUCCGCGCUGCACGCACACGUGCUCUCUCGAUACACUUGACAAGUUCACUCUCGCGAUGCCGAUGGCAGCCGUACACGCAUACCAAAAUCUCGGUGUUGACCAAAAGCUGACACACCUGCAGACGACCACACCUCGCAGGCUCGCACCGGCUCCGGUCGAUCCCAACCGCUGCAAGAAGAGAUCCUACCUUCAUCAGCAAUACCCGACUCAACCGGCUUCAGUUGCGAGAAGAAACGCCAGGGAACGGAACAGGGUGAAGCAAGUCAACAAUGGAUUUGCUGCGCUUCGCCAGCACAUACCCUCGGCUGUUUCAGCAGCUCUUGCUGGCGGUAGAGGAUCUUCACGAAAAUUAAGCAAAGUGGAUACAUUGAGACUAGCAGUGGAAUACAUCAGGAGCCUGAAGCGGUUACUCGAAGAAAGUGAUGAAGGGUGUUCGGAUGCCCAGAUGACCUUGGGAAUUUCCACGGGUGGUCCUCAAACUCCUCCGAUGUCGGAAGAAUCACAUUCACCAGCUCCCUCCUUGGUAUCAGAAAGUUCAGUAGGGCCCAGUUCUCAUGACGCUUACGAUUCAUACGAACCGAUGAGUCCUGAAGAUGAAGAGCUUCUAGACGUCAUUUCAUGGUGGCAGCAACAAUGAAGAAAAGGAGCCGUGCAUUACGGUGAUCAAAGUGCGGCCAUUGAGCAACUUGUGAAAAAAAACAAGUAAUCCUUGAGAGGAACCUGAACGACGGACCGCGAUGGGCUCCGAGAGAUCCUCUAAUUAAGCGCAAUCAGUAUAUUCCUAAUGAGAGGAGAUAAUGGUGGACUAUAACGACCUCAUCGAUGCAUUCCGUCGACCGAACACCGAACGAAAAUCCUUAAACCGCAUUUCAUUCAUGGAUGAAAUAGCACAGAAAGACUGAAAUGAACAUUUGUUCCACAGAAGCAUUUAAUUACAUUUAAGUGAUUCCCAACGCUGUGCCUUAAUUUUAGCCUUGCGUAAAUACUAUCACUUCCAGUUAGGUAUUGUUCUAGUAUUAAAUAGUUUUAUAAUUGUUAACUAGUCACUAGUAGUAAGAAUAGUUUAUGGAAAGUUCUAAAUUAUAGUAAGACUUUUUUAUGUUUCAUACUGUUACCUAUGUUCUGGUAAGGUAUUUGAACAGUUCAAUGAUCGUAAAAUAUAAUUUGAAAAUCUUGAGACAAAGACUUGUAAUGUAAAUAGAUAAUAUUAGCACCCUAAGACAGAUUCCUAAUACUAUAAGAUUUUAUUGAGACAAUAACUGUUGUUAUUGUUAAUUAUAAACUUCCAGUAUCAACUUGUGAGUUGAGCCUGUAAAUAAAUCCAAUUAUGAACGCA